ACCUCCCCGUCUCUCCACAGACUGUACGGCCCAAGCGAGGAUUUUCGCGAAAACAUCAACCGCAAACUGCUUAGCAGUGCCAGCAGGAACGUUACUACGACGAACGGAACCCGGCGCUAUGGCUCCAACGGCAUGACAGCCGAGUCGAUGGCGUUUUAAAAGUUGGAUAACGGUCUUUGGUCUUAAAAAGGAGACGUCAGAAGCUUAAAGCAGAUUUUACGGCAAUGAAUACGGUAUCACUUGUUAGAUAGAACGAAAGACAGAGAGAGGGGGGGCCAAAGUGGACUCCCUCCCUCGGUUGAGCCGUUUCGCCCGAUGGAGGCUGACGGGACCUUUGCAGUGAGCUCGAGGCCCGGAAUGUUACCUGUGAAACGUCGACACCUCGUUGGAGGACGUAAUUAAGGAAAAUACCGCGCACACCUGUCUGCGCUUCCGAAGAAUUGUCAACUUCUUAGCAUACAAGAACAAAAGUCAUCUGGUCAACGUUAGCUGCGGGUGGCGUCCCCCUCGCGCAAGAUGACUAUCAUAGAUAUCACUUAACGAGGGUUCUUCGCCGCCUCAGGUACAGCACAGGUGGACAGCACACUGAAGCUGAUUCAUGGACUUCACGUCUUUCUUCUGAUGGCUUUGUUUUAAAAAGUUGACUCCAACUCAUUUGGCUGCGAGAGUUGAGCAGUUUGUGUCUUUCAAAACAAGAACUUCCUGGAUUUAUUUUCUCAUCAAGUGUCACCUUUUUCGCCAACCAUGUCAUUCAAAGACAAUCCCUGUCGGAAAUUCCAAGCCAACAUUUUCAACAAAAGUAAAUGCCAGAACUGCUUCAAGCCCAGAGAGUCACAUUUGCUUAAUGACGAAGACCUAAACCAGGCCAAACCCAUUUAUGGUGGAUGGUUGCUGCUGGCGCCAGAGGGAACAAAUUUUGACAAUCCGUUACAUAGAUCUCGGAAAUGGCAGAGGAGGUUCUUCAUCCUUUACGAGCACGGCUUACUUCGCUAUGCCCUGGACGAAAUGCCCAGCACUCUACCACAGGGUACAAUCAACAUGAACCAGUGCUCCGAUGUCAUUGAUGGAGAGUCCAGGACAGGUCAGAAGAACUCGCUGUGCAUCCUGACACCUGAGAAAGAGCACUUCAUACGGGCUGAGUGCAAAGAAAUUAUCAACGGGUGGCAGGAGGCUCUGACUGUAUACCCCAGGACCAACAAGCAGAACCAGAAGAAAAAACGCAAGGUUGAUGCACCCACUCAGCAGGGUGGAGAACCUGCAAGCCAGUGUUUUUCCACCGAAGACAUGAAUGGACACCCAUCUCUCUGUGACCUUACCUCCCAUUAUGUAAUGUCCUCUUCCCGUCCACUCCUUCCAACCCAAACCUGCACCCAGGAGCCUGGCCCUGCCAAGGUGACGGUGACCAGCAGCGGGGGAAGCAUCCCUUGUCUGCCCAGCAGCAUUGCCAGUGCUGAUCGAGUCCCAUUGAGCCGUGCCACUCUGUGGCAAGAGGAGAGCCGCUGGACCAGGGCCCCCAUCCCCUGUAGCCGCAGUGCCUCCUGCCUGAGCCAGCUGAGCCAGAGCCAGCCAGACUCCAGCAUCACUACUCAAGAUGAUGGCAGCACCGUUAGCACCGGACGCAAGAUUCGAGUGGAGAGUGGUUACUUUUCGCUGGAGAAGACCAAGUCAGAUCCUUUUCCACAGUCUCCACAGCACUCCCACCCACCCCAGCCGCCCCAGCAUCUGCCCCUGUCCUCUUCAGCAUCCUCCUCUUCUUUAGGAGCUCUCAGUCCCAGGUACAACUCUGAGUGUGAAUCCCAACCUUCCCCUUAUCAACCCUCCCAAGAUUCUCUCCCUUCUCCAGGUGCACUUGUCUCUCCCAGCUACUCCACCAUCAGCUCCUCCCAGAGUUCGCUGGACUCCGAACCCAGUGGGACUAUAUCCACCUGGGAGGGAUGCAGUGGUGGUGGAGGAAGCACCAGUAGUGUCAGUGGUGGAGGCGGCAGACUGGGCCGGUCUGGCAGGGAGUACACUGCGCUGUCCGAUGUGCCACGGGCGCGCAGACUGAGUUACCGUGAAGCCUUCCGCUCAGAAAAAAAGCGGCAAGAGCUGAGGGCACGGACACGGAGUCCUGGCAGAGAAGAGGUGGCUCGGCUGUUUGGACAGGAGCGCAGGCGUUCUCAAGUGAUUGGCCGAUUUGAAGAGGGUCAGCCUGUAGAGCGCAUGGACACAAGCAGCUCCCAUGAGCACUCCGCUAACACCACGCUAACCCAGAGACAAGGCCGCAGUGAGAGGCGCCAUCUGGCUAACAAACAUGAGAUGUCACUGGAUGCAGGAAAAGAUCGUUCAGUCCCUGACGUGUCCAGCUCCACCUUUGCUAAUUUAAGAAGAGCCAAGUCCCUGGACCGCAGAGUCACUGAGUCCUCAAUGACUCCCGAUCUGCUGAACUUCAAAAAAGGAUGGAUGACAAAGCUGUACGCAGACGGAAUGUGGAAGAAACACUGGUUUGUCCUGACAGAUCAGAGUUUAAGGUACUACAAGGACUCAAUAGCCGAGGAGGCUUCAGAUCUGGAUGGGGAGAUUGACCUCUCCACAUGUUAUGAUGUCAAAGAGUUCCCGGUACAGAGAAAUUAUGGCUUCCAAAUCUUGUGUAAGGAGGGAGUGUGUACCCUGUCAGCCAUGACCUCUGGAAUCCGUCGCAACUGGAUUCAGGCCAUCAUGAAGAAUGUGCGACCAACUAUUGCCCCCGAUGUCACCCGGAAAAACAUCACUUUGAAACUAUCCGUUCUGAAGCCCAGAUCCUUCCCUGUGGAGAAGACAAAGGCCAACGUGAUGUUGGAGCCUUGUCCACAGCCCACUCCUGAGCCAAGCUCCAGUCCUGUGACUCCCAAGCCUGAUGUUCACAGACCGCUAGCUUGCAACAAUGCCUCUGCCCCUCCCUCUGAGCCCCUUAAAAGCCGAGUUCGUGAGCGCAGGCGAGAGGGCCGCUCCAAGACUUUUGACUGGUCUGAGUUCAAAAUGGAACAGAUCGAAAAGCCUGCAAAGGAACGAGGAGACACAGUUGACCUCAGCUCAUCAUGCUCCACAACAUCCUCAUAUUGCUCUCCCUCCUCUUCCCCUUCCUCUAUAGCGUCCUCUCCUGUCUCUACAUCCUCCAUCCAAACCUCGUCUGUAUCAGGUGCUCGGCCACCUUCUCUGACCGUAGAGGCAGAAAAGGAGUGUGUUGUGCGGGGUGAGGGUGUCCCUCUACAUAGCACAACCAGUGCAACCCACAUGCCAAAUACUGUCACUGUUACCAUGAUCUCCAUGCUAAACACUACAUCACCGGUACAGCCAUCGAUGCCUGAAUGCCUAGAGCAAGGAAAGAUGGAAGUAGAUCACCCUACGGCCAUGCGUACUGCCAGUGAAGAUAAGAAGGACAGCAGAACUUCAGGUGUCCGAGAAGAGAUUGAGCAACGAUGGCAUCAGGUGGAGACAACACCGUUAAGAGAAGAGAAACAAGUGCCCAUUAACACAACUAUAGGUAACUCUGGUAACUCUGACAGAUUGCCUGCACAUGAGCUUGCUGCGCUGCUAGACAAAGAGUUGGGACAGAAGCAGCAGGAGCUGGACCGACUACAGAAGCAAAACAACGUUUUAAAAGAGCAGUUGGAAGAUGCUCUAGGGAGAGAACAAAGUGCCAGAGCUGGCUAUGUGCUACAGGCCACGUGUGAACGUGGCUUUGCAGCAAUGGAAGACACACACCAGAAGCUAAUACAUGACCUCCAGAGGCAACAUCAGAGGGAGAUUUCCAAACUUAUGGAAGAGCGAGAGAGACUCUUGGCUGAGGAGACUGCUGCCACAAUUGCUGCUAUUGAAGCGAUGAAGAAUGCCCACAAGGAGGAGCUGGAGAAGACCCAUCGUUCCCAACUGAGUGGACUGAACUCUGACAUCGAUGAACUUCGCUUACAAUAUGAGGAGGAGCUGCAGUCCAUCCACAGAGAACUGGAGGUGUUGUCAGAGCAAUACUCUCAAAAAUGUCUGGAGAACGCUCACCUGGCCCAGGCACUGGAGGCCGAGAGGCAGGCCCUGCGGCAGUGUCAGAGAGAGAACCAGGAGCUAAACGCGCACAACCAGGAAUUAAAUAACCGACUGACUACAGAGAUCACACGGAUGCGCUCCUGUUUCAGUGGUGAAACAGCGCUGUCACCACUUACCCAGGGCAAAGAUGUGUAUGAAUUGGAGGUGUUGCUACGAAUUAAGGAGUCUGAGAUCCAGUAUCUUAAACAAGAAAUCCACUCAUUGAAAGAUGAACUGCAGUCUGCUUUAAGGGACAAGAAAUAUGCCACAGACAAAUAUAAGGACAUCUAUACAGAGCUCAGCAUUGUGAAAGCAAAGGCCGACUGCGACAUCUGCAAAUUGAAGGAGAAGCUGCUCAUUGCCACAGAAGCUUUAGGCGAGAGGACGGUCGAUGGAACGGUCACAUCUGGAUACGAUAUCAUGAAAUCAAAAAGUAAUCCCGAUUUCCUGAAAAAGGAACGAUCAACAACCUCCAAGCAAUCAAGAGGCAUAAGGUCAAAGUCUGUCACUGAACAGGUCUCAUGGGAUAGCUGACUCUCCCAUUGUGGGGUGAUUUUCCCCCCCCC